CGUGAUGGUGUUUUGACGCAUCGGAACCCUGCAUGUGACGUGGACCAUGGGGACGAUAACGAUAAAUCCCUUUGUAUCAAGAAGGUAUCAAACCUAUUCUAGCUACAACCGAUUAGGCUAAUGAUAUUUUAUAUCUCAUUUACUCAAAAUAUACUGUUAAAUACCAUCCGGGCUGACGAAGCAAUCGUUUUGUACCUGCUAGCUCGAAACAAGUUUGAUUGUUGAAGUUGCCAGGAGUCGGGAUAUUGUAGCAGCCAGAUAGUAUUCUUAUGAGAGAAUCCUGUGCUCUCCAGUCAUGGCUAGUCCAGAUGAUUUAACGUUUCAGGAGUUUGAGGAAGCCGCAGUUCUCCUGUCUUCAAACCCUGGAGCCGCAACCCUCAGCAUCUCCGGCCCGGGCCCCGGCCCCGGCGCAGCAGCCUCCUCUGGAGAUGUCAGAGUUGAUCUGUCAGACGAUGAAGACAAUCAGCAAGAGAACUCAGAGUUGCUUGGAGGUGAAAAACAAACUGGUGGUUUUUGGACAUUUGAGUACUAUCAGUCAUUCUUCAACGUAGAUACACUGCAGGUGCUGGACAGGAUAAAGGGCUCCGUCAUGCCUUUGCCAGGACGGAAUUUCGUCAAACACCACAUUCAAAAUAACCCUGACCUCUAUGGUCCUUUCUGGAUCUGUGUGACUCUAGUGUUCUCAGUGGCCAUCAGUGGGGACAUCUACACAUUUCUGAGUAAUAUGGGAGACCCAGAGUUCCACUACAGACCUCAAUUCAACAAAGUCUCGAUUGCGGCCGUCACUGUGUUCCUCUACGCCUGGCUGGUGCCUCUAGGAGUUUGGGGCUUCCUGACGUGGCGUCAAAGUGUUGAGAGACGCAUCAGCGGUUACACGUUUUUAGAGACCGUGUGUGUCUACGGUUAUUCUCUGUUCAUUUAUAUCCCGACCUCGAUAUUAUGGACCAUUCCCGUCUACUGGCUCGAGUGGCUAUUGAUUGGCAUUGCCCUGGUGAUCUCGGGCUCAGUGUUGGUAAUGACGUUCUGGCCGGCUGUUCGCGAUGACACAAGACUAACAGCAUUCGCUACCAUGGCAGUAAUAGUGUCGCUUCAUGCCCUUCUGGCUGUUGGCUUUAAGCUCUACUUCUUCAAAACGCCAACAUACACAGGAUCAUCGCACUCUGGACAACAGACUACCCCAGCUGCAAAUCACACAGUACUUGCUGUGGGAAAGCAUCAAUGACCAGCUGAAUGGGAACCUAGGAGUCUUUCCAUUCAAAGGACAUUAAAAAUGUUUAGUGAUUCUGAUAACGGAGCAAUGAAGGAGUUCGGAUGCUGAUGCUUGAUGCACACAAGCAUUCCCAGCAAACACACUGAAAGUGUUUCCAGUUUGUAACUAACCCGGCAGAUAAAAUAACCUCCCUCACGUCACAAAUCAAAUCACAAUGACUUACAGAUGACUUUAGUUUGUAAUGUUUUUCUUUAAUACGUAAAGUCACCUGCCCGAUAAUAUUUUCCUCAAGUGUUACGGUCACUUGUUUUUUGGUUUCUUUCAAUAAAAAUAGAUUAAUUUGUAAGAGUGAUCUUGUAUUACAGUGAACUGAUUUAAGGUUUGCCUUAUAACCCCUGACUGCUUUCUUUCUGCGUAGGCUACUUUCUCUCAUUAUUCUGUAAGUUGAGAGGAAGUACCUGUGUUAAGUAUUUAAUGUCGCUUUCCUGGACAGUUUUCUGCUUUGACACUGUGGAUUAAAAUCAUUCUUGUCAGGGUCA